AUGAAUGCUCUGGUAGCUCCCCGAGCGUUUCCUACCAUUGCCUUCGGCUCGACCUCGACCUCGACCUCGGCCUCGACCCUCUACCGAGCGACAUGCUGCCGUCGGUCCUUGCACGCAUCUCUCGGACGUCGCAAUGGCCACGGCUCCGGGGAUAAACCUGCCGAUGAUUCGUUGACGGAGCACGAUGUAGACCCAGAACCCCACGCCGAGACGUCAGGCGGUCGUACUCGAAGUCAUGCGUCUGGACCCCCGAGAAACCGUGCUGCUCGCAAGCGGAUCGCUUCGGCCUUGCCUCCGGUUCGACUUCCGGCCAAUUUCCUCGAAAACAAUGUAUCCUUGUUCAACCCCAGCGCCCAGCCGAGGCUGCCCCUCGCGCUCGUCGAAGACGCAAGGCACGACAAGACCUCACGCCUCUAUCUUGGCCAAGGCCCGACUUCUCAGCAGGCGUGCCAGACGCUCGAGUCCUACUUUGAUACGGCAUUGAGCGACCUACUGCGGAGGGUCAGCGAGCAUUCCGCCGACCUCGCACUUUUCCAGCCAGAGAACGGCCGAACCAGAGGCAGUUGGAAUUCGCCCGAGAUGAUAGAGAGAGUCGUACGCUUGUGGGACAUGAUUCUCGAUUCUGCCUGGCACCUCGUAGACGCACUCUAUCCUUCGCGACAAGCCGAAUACACUUACAAGGCUCGCCCCUUUUGGUGGUGGCACCUCUACAAGGACCUCGAUGAUCGCACCCACAAAUUCCGCGAUCAUUUCAGGACGCUUCCCAUGUCACUUGCCGACCAGCUCAACUACGCAGAACACCUCGACUACCCUCUCCCGCACGCUCUUACAGACUUCCCUACAGACACGCUCGUCGCGAUGCAGAAUGCCCUCGAACGUGAGAUGAAUACCUCACCACCGUCCAAUUUCGACCCGAAGACGAGCAGACGACCGAUUUCCAUUCUCUCACUCUCUGGUUAUGGUGGCAAGGCCGUGUCGGAAGCCGUCGGCGAGCACCUUGCUUUUUGGAAUAAAGCAGACCUCGUCCGACUCGACGCGCACGACCUGUCCAUUCUGGUAGGAGAAUACCUCGGCCAAAACUGGGCCUAUUCCCGAGGUCCACUCUCCAUGUUGGGGUUUCGGGCAGCGGAAUUGAAUGGCAAGUUAGUUGGAGAACCCGAAAUCUUCGGCCGACAUGGUGAAGACGAAGAGCAGGACGCCGAAGUUACCCAUCUCGGUAUACGGACAGUCCCCGCUACCCUGGAAGAUGAGCUGGAAAAAAUCAGGCAGGGCGGGUACGAUUGUUUCACGAAAUGGGAGAACCUAAAGAUUGAUCAGAUCCUCCAUCACCUCAUACGAUCUUCGGGCAUCAAGUCGCAGUCCCCCGAAGUCCGACCAAUUCUUCUUCACGUCCACGAUCUGGUUGAAUUGAGCAUGACGUUGGAAGGAUCCCUCCUCCUCAAUAGACUGCGAACUUUAGUCGAUGUGGCCUGGCAACAAGGUAUGAAAGUUGCCAUCUUGGGUACUUCCUCAUGCGAGCGGCCGUCCGACGAAUACCAAAACGCGAUGCGUGAUCUUUCAGUCGGCGAUCUUGUCAUCACUCGUCAUAUUCAGCCUGAUCGAGCAGACCGUCCCAGUCCCAAGGGCCAGCAUCGAUUUCCAUUCAGCCUGCAAAGGGUCGACUAUUUUGUCGAAAAUUUGCAAAAUAUCGACCGCAUGCUCCGAGCAAUGCACCCGGAUAUCGUGCAUAAAUCCUUAGACCUGUCCAGUGACAGCGUGAGGACAUAUCUACUCUCGGCCAAUCCGCGAUUCUCCAUCUUACGAGACUCAAUACUGCCGCUUCCCGAGAUCUACCACCUUGCCCGUGCCUAUAGAUCGUUUGAGACCAAACACGAAGGCUGUGGCUCGGCCGGCUUCCUUGAACGAUUCGCCAUGGGUCCUUUGAGACAAAAGCCCGGGCAGUCAUUUUUGGAUGAGGAACCGGCCGACGACAACGGCGAGAUGGGAGAGAAGUUGAACCGUGCCGAGGAAGCCAAGAUGGAGGACAGAGCCGCCAUGAAGCUGAACGAGUAUGAAAAGAGGAUAUCGUCUGGCCAGAUACAUCGCGAAAACCUGCGAACGACGUUUGCUGACGUCCACGUGCCACCGGACACGAUAUCGGCCCUGAAACUCCUGACCUCAUUGGCCAUGGUACGACCGGACGCCUUUUCCUACGGUGUGCUCGCCCAGGACAAGAUCCCGGGCUGUCUUCUCUACGGACCUCCAGGAACAGGCAAGACGAUGCUUGCCAAAGCCGUCGCCAAAGAAAGCGGCGCAAAUAUGCUCGAAAUUAGUGGUGCAACCAUAAAUGACAAGUGGGUAGGCGAGAGCGAGAAGCUGAUUCGUGCCGUCUUCACCCUGGCCAAGCGACUGUCUCCUUGCGUCGUCUUCAUUGACGAAGCCGACUCGUUGCUCGCGAACCGCAGCAUGUUCAGUAACCGGCCUUCCCACCGCGAGCACAUCAACCAGUUCUUGAAGGAAUGGGAUGGAAUGGAGGAGACGAAUGCCUUCAUCAUGGUCGCGACCAAUCGCCCCUUUGAUCUCGACGACGCAGUCUUGCGCCGGCUACCUCGCAAGAUCCUGGUUGACUUGCCACUCAAAGACGAUCGGACCGCUAUCCUUCGGCUUAUGCUCAAGGGAGAGAUGCUGGACAGUUGCGUCUCACUCGAGCAUUACGCAGAAAUCACACCACAUUAUUCUGGUUCGGAUCUGAAAAAUGUAUGCGUCGCUGCAGCAAUGGCCGCUGUAGAAGAAGAAAACGAGGCGGCCGCAAAACAUGCAGGCCCUGAACCAUUCCGCUACCCCGAGCGGCGUGUGCUGCGACGCCAUCAUUUCGAAAAGGCGUUGAAGCAGAUCCCUGCUAGCAUCAGCGAGGAUAUGGCCUCGUUGAAGAUGAUUCGUAAGUUUGACGAGGAGUAUGGAAACAAGAAAAAAGGCCCGAGGAGACACGGUAUGGGGUUUGGCAUCCUGGACGAUAAGCACGCUCCAGCACACGAAACGAGAGUUAGACAGGCUGGUAAUGGACAGACCUGA